AUGGGACAAACCUCUUCUUCAGACAGCAAAAAUGUUGAGGAUACUCAUACUUGUCAAUAUUUUCGUAAUUUAGCUCACACUGAAGCUCAAAAACGGAAUGAGUGUUAUUCUCAGUCACAAGAUGCUUACAAAAAUCGACAAGGCGGAAAAGCAAAAAAACUUUCCUUACAGGGAAAAGAACACGAGAGGAAAAUGCAAGAAUACAACAAUAAAGCUGCUGAAAUUAUAUUUCUUGAAAACAAUAAAGAUCGUCCAAUAACAGAACUUGAUUUACAUGGAUUGUUUGUGAAAGAAGCCGUUGAAAAAACUAAAUUACGUAUAGAACAAUGUGAACUAAAAGGUGUUAGUUAUUUAGUCAUAAUUGUUGGUAAAGGUAAACAUUCGAUAAACGGUAUCAGCAAACUACGGCCUGCCGUUCUUGAACUUAUUAAGAAACACAAUUUACGAUGUACACCAAAUAAGCCAACUGAUGGCUGUUUACAUGUAGAAAUUGGUAGUUCUGAUGGUGCUAGUCAAGAUCUCAAUUGGUUUCAGUCAUUAUUUGGUAUUAAGGAUAACAAUAGUUGUAUUAUAUGUUAA